UGUAGAGUGAACGUUAUGUGCAUACGACAUUUUAACACCAAAAGGAAAAUGCAGCGUUUGCCGUUUGGCAACUUUGGCGUUGUCUUGAUAGCUAGCUAGCCGUUUGACAAGACUAAAGCUUUCAAUUUUAUUUGUUUAUUUUCCCGAUUUGUUUUUACUUGCCAAGACAUUCUGUCAGAGUUCCGGCGUUGACACUAGAGAAUUAUUUUGCAUGUCGUCAGCGCUCUUCUCCCAAAUAAGUAACAUUAGUUGCUUGUACUCCUGAUGUUGUAGGGAUGUACUGUGAUUAUGUAUAUCGUUACGGUAGGUAAAAUGGCUAUAGUGUUGAGUACCCGAGUUUGAUGUAGUGUGCGGUGCGCUCGAACCUGCUAACCGGGAAACACUGUAACCUGCCGCUAUGGAGGAGCGAAAGCUGAAGAGAAAGAAUCCCAGGACCCCCACAACCACGGCGGCGCAGGCGGGGGCGGCGGCUACAGUGAUGACGGCGACGCCGACUCCCAUAAACGGUUCUGGUCGCAAAAGCGGUUCCUCCACCGUGGGGAAGCAUGUUGGCUACAGUCACGGUGUGGGGCCCCAGUCCAGCCAGAAGAGCAAAAAUAGAAGGGGAGUUCGUGAAAAAUUGAAGUAUCAAGUGGGCGCCGGUGUUCGCGCCAGCCCAAAUCAAAAUCAGGCAGCGCCCAUCAUCCAGCACUCUUUCUUGACGGAUGUCUCUGACGUUAAGGAAAUGGAAAAUGGACUUCUAAGUCUACUGAACGACUUUCACUCAGGGAAGCUGCAGGCAUUUGGUAACGAGUGUUCCAUCGGGCAGAUGGAGCAUGUGCGGGAAAUGCAGGAGAAGCUAGCCAGCCUACACUUUGACCUAUACGGUGAGGAAGAAGAGAUGCAAGAGGACCAGAGGAAGACAGCCCGAGAUACCAACAUGGAUAGGUUGCUUCUCAAUCUGGAGGAGCUCAGUUCAUCUAUCCAGAAACUGAAUUUGACCGACAGCCAAGAGGUUCCGAAGGCUGGCAGCGUGUGACUGCUUCUCCCACACAGUAGCUGAAAAAAUGCUGCCUGUUGUCUGUUGGAUGCAAAAGCAAAGUUCGAUGCACGUGUUGGCACGUGUGCUGCCAAUCUAAUAUUAAUAAAAGUUAAGAUUCCUGUAGUUUAGGCACUAAUAUUUACCAUUUUGUCGAACUGAUCACAAACAUUGAUUUGAUGUUUCAGUGUCCUCUAGAGAAAACUACUCUAACCAAAGUGAUUUGAAUUAACUUGACACUCUAUUGCACUUUACCUUAUCACACCAAUCAUUGUAUAAUCAGAUUUAUCAAAGUGUGGUUGUCAUGUCUGAUAAUGAAUGUUUUAACUACUUUCAGCAUAAGAUUACUGAUAAAUCAUUCAUGAUAGUCCACAUGUGUACAUGUUUGUUCUCCAUGUUUGACUGCAAGCAGUCCAGUAACCCAAAUAUUGACUUCACAACCAUGCCUUAAUUUCUUAUGGGGUAAUUCAAUCUUCUUGUAAUUAAUACAUAUAUUUAUGGCGGAAAACACAGACAAGACUGAGAAAGCAGUUUCUGCUCUUGCUCUCCUCUGUAAAAGAAACUGCUGUAUUUGAAGCCAAAACAACUGUUGUGUUUGAUAGAACAACAUGUCUGUAUGCUGCCAUAGCAGAUUCAUGGCGCAUUGAGCCCGCAAACUAUUUUUAAUUUGUCCGUUUUACCCUGAAAACCCCCAUUUCCAGACGUCGCGAAACCGCUUUUGUUUCAACCCGGCCAUAAAACGAAGGUAAUUUUUUUCAUAAUUUAUUUUUAGCUUAGAAUCAUUAAUGUCUCAUAUUUCGUUUAAAAAAAAAAACAACUUAAAAAAAACUAUUCACUCACAUAUUUUAAACUUUUAAACAAAUUAUGUCACAAUGGAAAAAAAUGGCGUCUGUAAAAAAUCACGGAUAUCUACCUCAUAACUAUCGCUUAAUUGUAUUUUUUUUUUUUUUUUUGUUACUGUCGCAUUUUCUCCCAUAUGUUAGAUGAUAAAUACCGUAAUCGACCCAAACAAAAAAAAUUGGGGAAAAAUGUUUUUUUUAAGGGUAAAUAUGUGAAAAAGAAACUCUCGACCAUUCCUUGAACUCUGCGAUUUCUGCAUCGCGACCCUUGUUAAAUUACCAUGUUUCACCCAUAAAAUCCAGCUGUGGCCAUUCACAGCUGUGUCUUGACACUUAGUGAUACAUGCUACAUGGAGUUUUUGGAUUGAAACAAGGUAAGCACUCGAUUAUAUCUCGUUAAAAUCAUGGCGUCUGUAAUUCUGCUCUUGCGUGCUCUCGCCUCCAGAUGGGGUUUUGCUGUUUAAACAACUUUUUUUUUUUUUUUUAAUAAUGCCCUCCUGUUCAAAAUUUUCUUCCCCCACAAAAUUGAGAUUUGCAUAUCGGACAAUUUUGGGGAUCUCAGAGCGGAACUUCAAGUCACCUGAGAGUUUUCCGCCAUAUAUAUAUCUUUUUUGCUUUAAAUCAGGGGUGGGAAAACCGGUCCUCAAGGGCCGCAGUGGGUCCUGGUCUUUGUUCCAACUGAUCCAGCACAGAGCUUUUAACCAAUGAGGUUUCAAUGGAAGCAAGAAGCAUCUGACUGCAAUCAACUGAUUGGACUUAUAACACACCAGAUUGGUGAAAAGGUGUCCUCUUGAUGGGUUGCAGCAAAAACCUGCACCCACAGUGGCCCUUUGUGGAAUAGUUUGCCCACCCCUGCUUUAAAUGAAUUAGCUUCACCUGCAAAUCAAGAAUUACUUGCUGCUUUGACUUUCAAUGUAGGAGAUGACUUCUCUUUACAGCUUGAACUGUUUAAACAUAUGUCUGUUGAUGUUUUUAAUAAAUCAAUGUGCUCA